AUGAUUGCAGUUGGCCACAAAGAAGGAUACAUGUUCUACAAAACAUCCGAUGUUCUCGAAAAAUCAAGGCUCAGUUGUGGAAUCCAAAACCUUAAUAACUUGGGCCUCCAGAAUUGUACAAUUAUCGAGCGACUCUUCUCUUCAUCCCUGAUGAUUGUGGUCUCGCAGAAAAAUCUUCGAGUUUUGAAUGUCGCUACCAACAAUAUCAUUUGCGAUCAUCAGUUCAACAAACCAGUUAUCACUGUCAGACUCAAUAAACAGAGAGUCAUAGUAUGCUUGGAGGAUUCCAUCCAUAUAUACAAUAUCAAUGACAUGAAAAUGAUGCACUCUAUUGUGGACACUCCACUGAACAAGUUGGGAGUAGUGGAUCUCACCAGUAACUCAGGGGAUGCCUACAUUGCUUUCCCAGGAAACACUAAAACUGGAUCCGUUCAUCUUUUCGAUGCGAUCAAUCUGGUUUCAGUGAACACAUUUGUUGCCCAUGAAGGAGCUCUGGCAUGUCUGCAAUUCAAUCAAAAAGGAGAUAUGAUUGCCACAGCGAGCACAAAAGGAACUGUCAUUCGCGUUUAUUCUGUUCCAGACGGACAUCUUCUCUUUGAGUUCCGUCGUGGAGUUUCUCGUUGUGUCACUAUCUAUUCGCUCUGCUUUUCAUCAGAUUCAAAAUAUCUCGCAUCUUCUUCAAACACUGAAACGGUUCACGUUUUCAAACUGGAGAAAACUGAAGAUGUUUCUAAACCCGAAGUUCCCAACGAUAUGAUGGAAACUGCUGCUGGAUGGCUCAGCGCGUUUAAUAAAACUGUCUCUGCCUACCUGCCGUAUCAAUUUAUGCAAGUCUCGGAGCUAAUGACGACGGAGCGUAGUUUUGCUACUGCAAAACUACCAUGUGUCACCGAAAGCAACCGAGUCGCUCUUGUUUCCCACAAAAGUCAUCAAUACCUGAUGGUUGCUACAAAUGAUGGAUAUGUAUAUGCCUACCAAAUGAAUCCAGAAGGCGGUGAACUCGAUCUCGUCAAACAACAUCACAUCGGACCAGAAAGCGAGUCACUCCAUAGCAGUCCGCUCGGAAAUGUAACCAACACACGCAGUCACAAUGACUUUUAA